AUCAUUUUUAAUUUUAAAAAAAAAAUGUUAAAUGAUUAUAUUUUUUGUUUUUUAAAAUAGUUUGUAAUAAAACCAAAAUGGCAAUUUCAGAAAUUAUUGAAGGAUUUCCCAAUGUGGGGGCAGCAAGGUAGGGUAAAAAUAAAUUUGUAUAAAAAAAAAUAAAAAAAAAGAAUAUAAACUAAUCGAAUAUGAAUAGAGAUACCAAAGAUUUACAACGUAUGGAAAAAUUAGGUAUUACCCAUAUAGUUAGUUGUGCAGGUUCAGUAGCAUCCCCAGAGAGAUAUAAAAUUGCGGUAGAGCAUUUUGAAGAUGAGGAAGAUGUAGAUAUAACAGAAAAGAUAGAUAAGGUAUUUUGGUUUAUAGAAAAAGCAAGCUCUCAAAGGGACUCGAGAGUUUUAGUACAUUGUUUAGCGGGUAAAAGUAGAAGUGUAUCAUUAGUAUUGGGAUUUAUUUUGAAGCAUGGUUUUUUAUCAUUAGAGCAAACUUUUUAUUCAGUUCAAUUUAAGAGACCUGAAAUUAGACCGAAUAAUGGAUUUAUGAAUCAAUUAUUGGAUCUAGAAUUAAAAAUAAGAGGAGUAGAAUCAUUUUCACGAGUUAAAAAGGAGUGGCAAAGUAUAGUUAAAUCACCACCAAACAGAUCAAAGAUUAGUGAUUUAUCUGCUCUAAGAGGUUCAUCACCUAAAAGAGUUAAACAGUUAUCAGCUAAAAUCACCGCAACCAUUACUGAAUUCACUUCAAUAUAUCUAAAUGAAGAAACUUUAAAAUUACUAUACCAACAACAUUUAGCAUCGACUCACCAGACCCAACUAUACGAAUAUACAUUCUUUUGUAAAGAGGUUCAACAAUAUCUUUCAACAACCACAAACAAAGCUCAAGAGUUUACCAAAGUAAACCAUUUCGUAGAUUGGUCAGAUAUAGUAAAAUAUUUAGAAGACUCUAUUGAAUCCCUUGUAAAAUAUAAUUGUAUCGAUCAAUAGUUAAUAUAAAUAAUAAUAAUAAUUAUAAUAAUAAUAAUAAUAAUAAUAUUAAAAAUAAUAUAAUAAUUUUAAUUUCAUAUUUAAUUUUUAUUAUCAUAAAAAAAAACAGCAAUAUGAUAAUAAAAUUUUAAAAUAAAAUUAAAUUUUAUCCAUGUGGUGUUUGUACACUUUGUUCAAAUCU